UCGAGACCAUAAACUCUUUAUAUACGGUCUGUGGUCACGACAUGCAAGAGCGCGUUUCCUAUGUUUACUAAUUAUCUUUUUAUGUAGCGGACAGUUCUUACUAUCAAUUAAAGCAGCCGUUUCGAUAUACACAAUGGGGGAGCCACAGCAGGUCAGUGCUCUUCCCCCACCUCCCAUGCAGUACAUCAAGGAGUACAUGGAUGAAAAUGUGCGAAAAGGACUGGCCCCCAAACCCCCUCCCCCUAUUAGAGACAGUUACAUGAUGUUUGGUAAUCAUUUCCAAUGUGAUGACCUCAUUAUUCGGCCCUUGGAGAGCCAGGGCAUUGAGCGCCUCCACCCUUUAAAGUUUGACCACAAGAGAGAGCUGAAGAAGCUAAACAUGUCCAUCCUGGUUAACUUUCUUGACCUUCUGGACAUCCUUAUCAAAAGCCCAGGCAGUAUUAAGCGAGAGGAGAAGCUAGAGGACAUGAAACUUCUUUUUGUCCACAUGCAUCACCUCAUAAAUGAGUACCGACCCCAUCAAGCCAGGGAGACACUUCGCGUCAUGAUGGAGGUUCAGAAGAGACAGAGGCUAGAGACAGCGGAGCGUUUCCAGAAGCACCUGGAGAGAGUGGUGGAGAUGAUCCAGGGGUGUCUUGCUUCAUUGCCUGAUGAUUUGCCACAACCAAACAGCUCCAGCGCAGGAGAGGCUGCAUGCUCAGUUGGAAUUUCUAGACUGAAAACCGAGCCUAUAGAUGUAGAUGAGGCAGGAGUAAGCUGCAUGGUUGCACAAACGGACAAAAAUAUGCCCUCUAAGUGGGACAAAGUGUGGGAUAAGGAUGCUGCAAUGUGCAGUAUUAUUGAUGAAAUGACUUGAGCUGUCUAAGGAGUUUGUUUUGUAUGUUUUUGUUGUUAUUCAAGAAAUGCAAGUUCAUCAGCAUUGUUACAAGAACUCUCCAUAGGCAGUCCGCAAGCAGACAGUCAUUGUAGAAAAAAAUUUAUGUAUAAAAAGAGAUCAAUUGAUCUUUUCAUUUUAAUGUAUGGAUUGCUGUGCUUUUUUAUUUUGCCAUAUGAAAAAAACAUAAAAAGACACAUUUGAACCCACUCUACAUUUUCCUUUCCAAGCUUUAGCUUGAGCCAGGCUUAAUAGAAUAUUCUAGUGUAGCGGUGAGACAACUAAAUAAUGAUAGUGAACAACCACAUUUCUAUUGCAAUAUGAGUUAUUGCCAAAGAACUUACCCAUAACCUGUUUUUCCUCAUGUAUAACUAUGGAACAGUUGUGUCAUGUGAUUUAACCAUUCUCAUUGUCACUUUUAUAUCACGUUGAAUGGUUGGAGGUAAUGCUCACUUUAUGCAACCUUUACUGCACUUAUGCAAUUUUGUGUAAGUGCACUUUAGUCUUAUUAGAAACACACAUUUUAACCAA